CGGGAGCUUGGUUGCGCUUCUCUAAUGUUAUGGUGUUUAAUUUUUUAAUAUUUGCGAUAAACAAUGGCUAGCGAAGACAUAUUUGAGCAUGAAUUAUCCGAAAAGCAAGAUCUGGAGAUGGAGCAGGUUAUGGAGACGGAUGCAGAGGAAGCAUGUGAAACUGAGGAACCUUCAGAAGUUAUAGAAGAAACACCAGAGAAUCCUUCAACAGAGUCAGUCACAGAACGAGUUGAUGAUAAACCGGUAACCAACGGUAACAAAUCCUGUACGGAUCACGAGACUAAGAUGACACAACUUCCCUUGGCCAGGAUACGAAACAUAAUGAAACUGGAUCCGGAUGUUCAUAUGGCAAACAAUGAAGCUGUGUUCAUAGUGGCUAAAGCGGUGGAAUUAUUCAUUGCCUCGUUAUCCCGGGAAUCGUAUACCUAUACAGCACAGUCCAAGAAGAAGACUAUUCAAAAAAGAGAUGUGGAGAUGGCCAUAUCGGCUGUGGACAGCCUGAUGUUCCUAGAUGGGGCCAUGAAUUUUUGAU